ACAAGUGCAGAAAUAAGUGAAACUCACACUCUUUAUGAAAUUGGUGAAUUGGGAAAUGCUUGAAGAUUACGAUUUCCUAUCAAUUAUGUUUUCAAAUUUAACUACGUUGAUGCAAUUACUCACGAUUCAAUUGCUGAAAUGAGAACAACUUGUGAAUCUCCUCCCAAUUUGAAUUUAAGGGAGGAGGCACAUCGGCUUCAUGCGGCGUGUUUUGCGGGUAGUUUUCCGCUUGAACCAAUUGUCGCAAAAGGCUGCAACUACCGUCAAGAUGCCGUUUUACGCAGUGGGUAAAGGAAAGUCUACAGGCAUAUUUGAGACAUGGGAAGCAUGUAAACGGCAAGUGGACGGUUAUCCUGGCGCAAAGUUCAAGAAGUUUUACGAAAGGCACCAGGCAGAGGACUUUUUGAAGACAUUUGAGAAUAAAAUUAAAGAAGAGACUCCAGAGUUAAAACAGGAAACCGGAAUGCCAUUCGUGGAUUUCUGGCCAGACGACGUAAGCGCUGAUGAAGAGGAUGAUUUUCUAUUGGCUUCUGUUGCCGCUAACUUCGAUGACACCCAAUCUAGAAAAAGGAAGGGAUCUGCUUCACAAGAGCCGGAAAAAUUACGAAAAGAUUCUCACGUCUACAAGUCAGUGGAACAAAAGAUGUUCGGAAAUUACCUUUUGCCAGUGGAUGCAGAAGGCUACGUGCAAGUUUAUACAGACGGUUCGUGCGAAAGGAACGGCUUAGAUAAUGCAAUUGCCGGUCUCGGAGUAUACUUUGAUGAUAAUCACCCUUUAAAUGUUGCGAAGCCUGUAACUGGACGAGCGACGAAUAACGUCGGUGAAAUACAAGCCGCCUGCGAGGCAAUCAGAAUAGCAAAACGAUGCAAAGUUCCAAAAUUAUGUUUGAACACUGAUUCCCAGUUUCUGAUAAAUGCUGUCACGUCUUGGAUGCCUUCGUGGAAACGGAACAAUUGGAAACUUCAAAAAGGGGGCAUGGUUAAAAACGUGGAGGAUUUUAAGGUUUUAGAUGAACUAAUAAAAGACUCUACACUUGAAAUUAGAUGGAACUACGUGAAGGGUCACGCUGCGAUAAAAGGAAAUGAAGAAGCUGACAAACUUGCUAGGCACGGAGCACAUUUAUAUGCAACGAAACAAAAGCAGAGUAGUAAAUAAGAAAGUAAAUGAAAAAGACUGAUUUGUUGAAGGCUAUUUCUUCAGAAUAUUUUUGUUUGUCGAUUUCUUAACCCCUUAGCCAGUAGAGGCAUGUUAAUUUAAAAAAAAAAUCGCCUAAAUUUGCAAUAACUCAAAAACUAUGCCAGCUAUGGUUUUGAAAUAAAAGCUGGAUCGUAGCUAAAGAAUGAAUGUGAAUUUGUAUUAAUAAAAAUGAAUUCCCAAAC